AUUCCCCAGCCCCACUGACAGGAGGGGGCAGACCCGAGACCCAGUCAGAGGAACGGGAUGGAGGGCCCUGUGUUCAUGCUGGGGCUGCUGGCUGCCCUGUCCAUGCGUGGCAGCUGGGCCCUGAAUGAGGAGGAGCGGCUGAUCCGGUACCUCUUUGAGGAGAAGGGCUACAACAAGGAGCUGCGGCCCGUGGCACACAAAGAGGAGAGCGUGGAGGUUACCCUGGCCCUCACCCUCUCCAACCUCAUCUCCCUGAAAGAAGUCGAAGAGACCCUCACCACUAAUGUGUGGAUCGAGCACGGCUGGACAGACAGCCGGCUGCAAUGGAAUGCAGAAGAAUUUGGCAACAUCAGCGUCCUGCGCCUGCCCUCUGACAUGGUGUGGCUCCCAGAGAUUGUGCUGGAGAACAACAAUGACGGCUCCUUCCAGAUUUCCUACUCCUGCAACGUCCUCGUCGACCCCUCUGGCUACGUGUACUGGCUGCCGCCCGCCAUCUUCCGCUCUUCUUGCCCCAUCUCUGUCACCUACUUCCCCUUCGACUGGCAGAACUGCUCCCUCAAGUUCAGCUCGCUCAAGUACACGGCCAAGGAGAUCACCCUGAGCCUGAAGCAGGAAAAGAAAGACGAGCGCUACUACCCCGUGGAGUGGAUCAUCAUUGACCCCGAGGGCUUCACAGAGAACGGGGAGUGGGAGAUCGUGCACCGGCCGGCCAGGGUCAACGUGGACCCCAGUGCCCCGCUGGACAGCCCCAGCCGUCAGGACGUCACCUUCUACCUCAUCAUCCGCCGCAAGCCGCUCUUCUACGUCAUCAACAUCUUGGUGCCCUGCGUGCUCAUCUCCUUCAUGAUCAACCUGGUCUUCUACCUGCCCGCCGACUGUGGCGAGAAGACAUCAAUGGCCAUCUCAGUGCUCCUGGCCCAGUCCGUCUUCCUGCUGCUUAUCUCCAAGCGGCUGCCAGCCACGUCCAUGGCCAUCCCGCUCAUUGGCAAGUUCCUGCUCUUCGGCAUGGUGCUCGUGGCCAUGGUCGUGGUGAUCUGCGUCAUCGUGCUCAACAUCCACUUCCGCACGCCCAGCACGCACGUGCUGUCUGACGGCGUCAAGCAGCUCUUCCUGGAGACCCUGCCCGAGGUUCUGCACAUGUCCCGCCCGGCAGAGGAUGGGCCCAGCCCCGGGGCCCUGGUCCGGAGGAGCAGCUCCCUGGGCUACAUCUCCAAGGCAGAGGAAUACUUCUCAGUGAAGUCCCGAAGUGACCUCAUGUUUGAGAAGCAGUCAGAGCGGCACGGGCUGGCCCGGCGCCUCACCACUGCACGCCGGCCCCCAGCAGGCUCUGAUCAGGCCCAGCAGGAGCUCUUCAGUGAGCUGAAGCCAGCUGUGGAUGGGGCCAACUUCAUCGUCAACCACAUGAAGGACCAGAACAAUUACAAUGAUGAGAAGGACUGCUGGAACCGGGUGGCCCGCACGGUGGAUCGCCUCUGCCUGUUUGUGGUGACGCCCAUCAUGGUGGUGGGCACGGCCUGGAUCUUCCUGCAGGGCGCCUACAACCAGCCUCCACCCCAGCCUUUCCCCGGGGACCCCUUCUCCUACCGCGAGCAGGACAAGCGCUUCAUCUAGAGUGGGCCUU